AUGAUAAGCAAUCAAUUGUUUAAACCGUAGAUACCAUAAAAAAAGUGUAUAAAUAAGAAUGAUAAGAAAAUCUGCUGCCUCUGUCCUUAUAGAUUAAAUAUUUGUUAUGAUUUCAUUAGAAAAAUGCCAAUACCUUUAUAAGGAGUUCAUUAAUUUUUAAAGGUAUAACAAGGCUUCUUUAUAGUUGAAUUAUAAUAAACUUAUUCAACCUUUGGUUAUCAGGAGCCAAUAGAACUAGAAUACUUAUUUUCAAUUAAUCAAAAUGCGGCAGUGACCAAGAUGGUUGUUGAAUUAGGAGAUAAAAAAGUCUAUGGAAUAAUUAAAGAGAAAGAGGAAGCCAAAUAAGAAUAUGAAGAAGGUGUCAAGUAAGGUAAAACUAUGGCAUAUAGCGAAUAAGAUGAGGAAUUUCCUGAAAUUAAGAGAGUUAAGAUUGGGGCUCUUGCUCCAUAAAAAGAAUUAAAAAUCACUUUUGAAUAUAUUUAACCUUUGGAAGUGUUUUUAAAUAAAUUUUGGAAGGUAGAAGUUUACCCAAUGAUUGAUGAAAAUUAUUUCAAUCUCCAAUAAUAACAAUAAGUUAGACUUUAGAGUGUAUAUUUUCAAAGUUUGAACAGAUAUAUUUAGAAAUAUGUGUACCUUGAGAAAUUUGAAUACAAUUUCAAAUAAAAUAUAACUGCAUCAAUUGAUAUAGGGUCUCCAAUAACUUAUUAUAAAAGUCCAACACAUUCAAUUUUAAGUGGAAAUGCAAAAAUUGAAUCAGCAAAAUAAUCAAUGGAAGAAGAACAUCCAAGAAAAUUAAUCCUGAUGUUGGAGGAUACCCCAUCUAACUUUAUUCCGACAAAAUAAUUUACUCUCCUUUUUACAAGCGAUGAAAUAAACCUUCCUCGAGCAGUUUUAAGUCAUACUAACAAUGAUGCUUUAUUUACUUAAAAAUAUUGUGCCACAAUAAGUUUUAUUCCAAAAUUUAAUUAGACAACGUUAGACGAUGCAUAUUCACAAUACUUGGAUGGAUUAAAUAUAGCACAGAAUUAAGUAAUUAAUAGAGGAAAUUACUUAUUUUUCAUAGACAGAAGCGGAUCAAUGACUGGUGCCAGAAUCAAUAAAGCCAAAUAAUCUUUACUUUUAUUCUUGAAAAGUUUACCCGAAGACUGUAACUUCAAUAUAAUUUCUUUUGGGUCAACCUUUAGAUCUUUAUGGUCUGAAUCUAAGUAAUAUUCCUAAAAUACCUUAGAGGAUGCCAUAAAACAUGUGAAUAAUAUGGAAGCUAAUAUGAAUGGGACUGAAAUUCUAAAACCAUUGUCUCAAGUCGUUUACAGUAAAUACUAUGGCAAGUCAAAAUCAACCACUUUGAAUGUAUUCUUACUGACAGAUGGGGAAGUUGAGGCCUAGCCUAUAAUAGAUUUGGUGAAAAAGAACAAUUAAGCAGAAACUAGAGUUUAUACUUUAGGAAUUGGGGAGGGGUGCAGCUAAUUUUUAAUUAAGAGAUUGGCUGAAGUAGGAAAUGGCAAGUUCUAAUUUGUUUCUGACAAUGAAGACAUAAAUGCUAAAGUUAUUGAUUUACUAGAAGAUUCCUUAACUCCUUACUUAAAAGAAUUUAAUCUUGAAACAAAUGUCACUAACAUUGCUUAAAUAAUUCCGAAUCCAGAAUCUGUUGUGUGCUUAAAGAAGAAUUAAGAAUUAACUAUUUAAGUUUUAUUUUCUAUAGAUCAAUAUAUUGAUAAUUUGCAAUUCACUUUGAGCUGCUUUGAUCCGUAGGAUUAGAAACCAAUCAAAUAUGAGGUUUCAUUAAAUUUAAAUACUUCCUAAGAAAAUGAAUACUUCCAUAAAUUAGCUACACAUAAAUUUAUAACCUUUUAUGAAAACAGCCUGAAUUAUGGGGAGAACGAUCUAAAUUUUAUUAAGAUUAAUAAGUAGACAAUUGAUGAUUAAGAUAUAAUUAACACAUCUAUAACACAUCAAAUAUUGAGUAAUAAAACAGCAUUCGUAUGCGAAGUUUGUGAAUUAGAGGAUAACUUCAAAUAGCAGAAAAGUUAAAAAGUGUAUAUCACCUAUAAUAAAAAAGAGAAUAUAGUAUAUUAAAAAAAGAUGAAGUGCUUGUCAUCAAGAGCAACAGCCUUAUCCUCUAUGGAUAGGUCUAGACCAAUGACGAAUUGUUUUAAAAAGUAAUCAUGUGUUUAAGAACUUCAGUUCAGAUAAUAUUAAAUUGGAAUUUCACAUGUUGGAGGUUCAAAUUCAGAAGAAGAAGACGAAUGUGAAGAGCAGAUUAAAUGCAUAAAGGAAGAAAAAAAAAAAAAAUGCCAAAAAAAAGAAUAGGGAAACAAAAAGUCUGAAAACUGUAGAGAUAUGAUUGAAGAAGAUUCAAUAGCUAGUAAAAAAGAGAAAAGUCGAUCAAGAGAAAAAUUAAAUAAAUCAAGAGGUUCAUUUCAUUAAGAAGAUGAUUUGCCAAAAGCGUAGAUCCCCCCCUAGACUUAUAAGAUUGAAUAUGAACAGAUAAUUUCAUAUGCCAAAGCUGAUGGUGCCUUCGAGUAUGAUUUAAUGUUCGAAUAGAAAAUAAAUUUUUAAGGAUGGAUAAACGAAUAAAACUAUCCUUAGAAUAUCUGGUUUACUUUACUUGCAUUGCUAUAUUUAGAUUACUUCUGCUCUUAAAAUAGGAAGUCUUGGCAAUUGGUGUAUUAAAAGGGAAUUUAAUUCCUUUAAAAAAACGGAGUAAAUUAUAAGCAGACUAAAGAAGGGUACCUAUAGAAAUAAUUAAUACAAAUAUGA